AUGGCCUACAUCUCAGCGAGUGAUGGUUCGCUGCAGCCAGUGUUCCUGGCAGUCAUGUCAUUCUUGCUACUACUGUCAACAACCAGCGUUCUUCUAAGGCUAUAUUGUCGCAUUUUCCUGGUGCACAAGGUCGGUCCUGAUGAUUAUCUUAUCCUGAGCGGGUUGAUAGUUACGAUUGGAAUGGGAAUCAUGAAUGGAUUCCACAUCAGUUACGGAACAGGACGACACAUUGCAGAUCUGCCUCUCGACAAGAUCCUCGUCCCGACACUGAAGCACUGGUAUGUGUACCAGCUGGUCUACCCACUUUCCAUCGGACUCGUCAAGUUCAGCAUCUUGGCGCAAUACUAUCGGAUCUUCGCUGUCAAUCGCUUCCGGAAAUGUGUCAUUGGAGUGGGCCUCUUUGUAUUCGCGUAUACCAUCAUUGUGGUCUUCGUCAAUGCCUUUGAAUGCCGCAGUAAACCAUGGAGAGCAUGGGACCCAUCAUUCCCUGAGGGAUGCAACGAUCUACACGCUACAUACUUUUCAACAGCGGGAAUCAACAUCCUAACAGACCUUAUCAUCCUAGUGAUACCAUUGCCCCUGCUUAUGAAGCUGAACCUGCACCGUCGAAGAAAGUAUGCGCUCAUCGCCAUCUUCCUUAGCGGAACAUUCGCAUCCGCAGCCUCAAUCGUCCGUCUAAACGGUCUAUACAAAUACACCGUCACAAAAGACGUCUCCUACGACGCAAUCCAGAUCCUCUUCUGGUCCCAAAUAGAAGUCAACGUCGCCAUAAUCUCCGCCUCAGCCCCGUCCCUUCGACCCAUGUUCGCCACAAUCUUCAAAAGUUCAUCCUACGCCCGCUCCUACGGCAACGCCUACAACGGCCCAUCUAAUAAUAUCUACGGGGCCUACGGGACGAGAUCUCAGAACCGGAGAACGAUGAGAUCCGGGACUGUGGGGGCCAUUGAGCUUAGUUCUCGAGAUGAUGAGAAUUAUAAUGGAGUGGAGGUGAAUAUUUCGGGGUCUAAUGCGGGGAAUGGUCGUCACGGUAGUGAGGAGAGGAUUUUGGGACCGAAUUCGAAUAUUACCAAGACGGUUGUGGUUGAGAUGAAAAGUGAGCACUUGAAAUGA